AUGACUUCUAGAUCGUCGGCCUGCCUCGCGCGGCAACUGCACCAGACACUCCGCCCGAACAAAAUCCUAUCGGUGCCAACAUCAACGUCUAGGAUUCAGACUCGUUCAUUUGUUAGACCAACCGCUGCCAGGAACAGCCCCGAGGCAGCCAAAUCCAAAGCGCCACCUUCCCAGCAGAUUUCCCCUCGGGCCGUCGCUUUACUAGCCAGCAUUGGCUUUCUGUCGUUUGCUUAUGCUCUCUAUCGAACGCCCCCCGCCGCCUUUGAUGCCGCGGCAGCGCUACACUCCGAACAUGAAAGAUACGCGCCAGUGACUAUCCUCGACGGCCGCGACCCGAACCUUCCCCGAUUUCGAAUGUCCGAGAUUCGCAAGCAUGACGGCAAGUCAGAGCGCCCAUGGGUCACGCACGGCGACAAAGUCUACGACAUCACCGACUGGAUCUCGGCUCACCCCGGUGGACCCGUCAUUUUGCGAGCAGCCGGCGGUGCAAUUGAAUCCUACUGGAACAUAUUCACCAUUCACAAGAACCAAUAUGUUUACGAUAUCCUCAAUCAGUAUCUUAUCGGCUACAUUGACCAAGCUGAUUUGGUAGACGGCAAGCCGCCCCAGGAGGCAAUUGAAGACCCAUUCGCCGACGACCCGAUAAGGCAUCCGGAUCUCAUUACCCGGACCUUGAAGCCUCGCAAUGCCGAGACCCCUGAGCAAGCGCUCAGCGCCCAGUUCAUCACCCCCACUGAACUGUUCUACGUUCGAAAUCACAUGUGGGUUCCCAAUCUCACACAAGACGAGGCCGAAGCACACAUCCUAACCGUUGAACUCCCCGACGGCACCACAAAGGAGUAUACGCUGCGCGAUCUCAAGACAAAGUUCCCCGAGAGAAAAGUGACUGCCGUGCUACAAUGCUCUGGAAACCGCCGAAGCCAUAUGAGCAAGGGAUCCGGCCGAGCUACGAAUGGCUUGCAGUGGGAAGCUGGGGCUAUUUCCAAUGCCUCAUGGGAGGGUGUUUCACUGGCCGAUGUCCUUGCUGAUGCCGGCUUCGAUGCCAGCGCUGUCAGGGAUGGCACCAGCGAGGCACAGCACGUGCAAUUCUCUGGCAUGGAAGCAUACGGCUCGUCGAUACCCAUAAAGAAGGCUGUAGAUCCCCAGGGCGAUGUAUUGUUGGCAUACGGUAUGAAUGGCAAGCCAUUGCCAAGAGAUCACGGCUACCCGUUACGAUCCAUCGUGCCUGGGCACGUCGCUGCUCGGUCUGUCAAGUGGUUGAGACACAUCACAUUGAGUGACGAAGAGAGCCCUAGCCAGUGGCAACGAAAGGAUUACAAGUGUUUUGGCCCGAAUCAGACAAAAGUUGACUGGGAAGCAGCUCCGGCAAUUCAGGAGCUGCCCGUCCAGAGCGCCAUCACCGGUGUCAAACUGGGCGACUGGACACUUUCAGGUCAGUCAGCAUCAAGCAACUCAGCUAGGCCAUCAAAAGAGGUCACUCUCAACGGAUACGCCUAUUCUGGCGGCGGUCGAGCAGUCAUCCGAGUCGACGUCUCACUGGACGAUGGCAAGACAUGGUCACAAGCGAAUCUGCUCCCCGACCAAGCGCCAAAGGUAGAUGGCAAGGCCUGGAGCUGGAAACAGUGGAAAUUCAACGGAGAUAUACCCUUGGAAGCAUUCAAAAGUCCACAAGACGCAACGUCCAACCAGGAGAGCGACGAGGACAAGAACACCAUUAGAAGAGGUGCUGCGACAAGGGGCGCCAACGAGAACGCUGUAACUACGAAAAACAACAAGAAGUGUACUAUGGUUGCUAUCAAGGCAACAGAUGAGGUUUACAAUACUCAGCCCGAGAGCCAUGCUGCGACGUGGAACUUUCGAGGCAAUCUCGCGACUGCCUGGCAUCGAGUCCAGGUCUGCACUGAUUGUUCCCCCAAUGCAAUCAUUGUGAAGAAGAAGAAGAAGAGCGAUGAUUCUCAAGAUGGAAAAGAAUGA